AUGGAUGGCAGCCAGCGUACCCUUCGCAGACGAAGUUUUCGACUUCCAACAAUAAUCAUUAAUUGUAUCGCCGAAUUCAUUGGCGUUUUUCUCUAUGUCCUUCCUGGCGAAGCCGCAACAGCUGCGUACCUUUUGGGUUCUGCGAGUAACAAAGUCGGCUUGGGAAGCUUAUUGAAUUCUGACACCAACCAACGUCGUCUAUCAAUUUUUAAUCGACGUAGCUGCGGCAUUGUUCUUGCCAUCACUCUCACGCAUGCGUCAGGCGCACAUUUGAGUCCCGGAGUGACUCUCACCUUCGUUCUCAUGAAGGGAUUUCCUCUGUGGAAAGUGAUCCCUCACAUCUUGUCUCAGAUGCUCGGUGCGAUUGCCGCAACACUAUGUAUUUAUGGAGUUUAUGGACAGUCGUUCCACGCCAUCGAGCUUGGAAUGGAGCUGGCCGGUAAGAAAAGCCUGAUCAUUUCGCCUUUAGGUCCGGCAGGAGUGGGAGCGAUCUUACCCGGCGCUUCACAAAACCUUGGACAGGUAUUCUUUGGUGAAUUGCUAGUCGGGAUCAUACUGGGCUUGAUCAUCUUUGGAGCUCUCGAUGCACAUAAUCCGUUCUUGAGUCGCUCCAGCAUUCCGUUUUUGAUUUCCAUGGCUUACUUCAUCGCUAUCAUUGGCUUCGCACCCAACACCAUCGUCCUCAACACAGCGAGAGGAUUGGGAGGACAAAUCGCCACUAGUAUGAUCUAUGGUGGAAAGGUGUUUGGGAAUUCAUCUUUCAUAGCCUUGGCCACACUGACAAAUAUUCCAGCAACUAUGUUAGGAGGCCUUUUAUAUAAAUUUGUUCUCGAGAAUCAAGAUUCAGCUUCUGUAACAACUUCCACCAAUUCUAAAAAAAUUCAAUCCACUCAAGAACAGGUCUAA